AUGGGGAGCAGCAAGGCCUCAGCCCACCAACCCCUUAGGCCUCUUCACCUCCAGCAGAUUCUGGCUCCCGAGGGCACACUUCUUGGGUAUUACUUUCAGUCCCCCCCAGGGCAAGUAGCAGCUGCAGUGAUGGCUGCCAUCGACGCUGGGUACCGGCACUUUGACUGUGCCUACGUGUACCAGAAUGAGAAUGAGGUUGGGGAAGGGAUCCAGCAGAAAAUCAAGGAAGGUGUCGUGAAACGAGAGGAUCUCUUUGUUGUCAGUAAGCUGUGGUGCACUUUUCAUGAAAAACCUCUGGUGAAGGGAGCCUGCCAGAAGACUCUUGCUUCCCUGAAACUGGAUUACCUGGAUCUCUAUCUCAUCCACUGGCCUCUUGGUUUUAAGGCAGGAGAGGAGCUGUUCCCCACAGAUGACAAAGGCAUGUCAAUAUCCAGCAACACAGACAUUCGACACACAUGGGAGGCCAUGGAAGAGUUGGUGGAUGCUGGUCUGGUAAAAGCCAUUGGAAUCUCCAACUUUAACCAUGACCAGAUUGAAAGAAUCUUGAACAAGCCAGGACUGAAGUACAAGCCUGCAAAUAACCAGGUUGAAUGUCAUCCAUACCUUACCCAGGAGAAGCUGAUCAAGUACUGUCAAUCCAAAGGGAUUUCUGUGACAGCAUACAGUCCCCUUGGCUCUCCUGACAGGCCAUGGGCUAAGCCAGAGGAUCCUUCCCUCCUGGAUGACCCCAAGAUCAAAGAGAUUGCAGCCAAGCACAACAAAACUCCAGCCCAGGUUCUGAUUCGGUUCCACAUCCAGAGAAACGUGAUUGUGAUUCCCAAGUCUGUCACUCCACAGCGCAUUGUGGAAAACUCCAAGGUGUUUGACUUUGAAUUGACUAAAGAUGAGAUGGCAACCAUUCUCAGCUUUAAUAGAAACUGGAGAGCCUGUGAAAUGAGCACGUGCAAAACUCACAAGGACUACCCUUUCAAUGCAGAAUACUGAAGAUGCUUUCCUGCCUUUCUCCAGGCUUCUCAGAUAUGCUUCUGCUGUUGCCUAUGAGUUGUCUACGUAGAUUUCUCACUGCAUCAGACCCCCCUUUUUUUUCCUUUUCCCCACAAAGAUGCAGUAUAUGUACUCAGUGACUUUCUGUUACUUUUUUGGAAGAAGGAAAUGCUAGAAUGAUUCUGAAGAGCA